CACUAAGUCAAAAAAGAUGGAAGAAAAGCAAUCAGCUGACAUCGCGUAAUGAUAGGAUCGUGUAAAAUGUUACAUUUUCCAUAGUUUAGUGAUUCGUACUUUGUAAAUUAUUACAUAAAACAAUUUAGCGACUUAGGUAGUGUCUAAACUCUGCUAUACGAUAUAAGUGUGUGUUAUUUGACCAUGGAUUUUGAUUACAUUUGCCCAAGACACUUGGAAUGAAACAGCCAUGGAAGAGUUGGAAACCAGAAAUAUAUGUGUAAUAUAUAAUUAUUCGAAAGUAUCAUAAUUAAAAAAUCUCGUAGUGAAAAUUCUUAGUCUAGUCUGUUGAGCGUUAAACGUUUAUUUAUUUAUAUAAUAUUCCAAUAUAUGUUAUGUAUUUAAUACAUUGAACACCAAAGAUUAACAGUAUUAGAUGUAGUUUUUUGGUGUACAUAAGGAGUUUAUAGCCCAGUGUAUAUUAUUAUGGCAGCUACAAUGGUUGAGUCACCCCCGCCUCACUUGAUAACCACAAUUGAAUGGGAUAUGAUGGACAAAACCAAGUUUUUUCCACUAUACACAUUGAGUAGUUUUACAGUACGUUGCGCCCUCUAUCCGUUGACAUUAGUUAAAACUCAAAUCCAAGUUCAGCGUAAAAAGGAGGCCUAUAAAGGUGUGACGGACGCAAUCACAAAGAUCUACCAGAAUGAGGGAAUCUCCGGGCUUUAUAGAGGAUUCUGGCUGUCUAGUUUUCAAAUAAUAUCGGGCGUUUUUUAUAUAACGACAUAUGAAGGCGUAAAGCACGAACUUGGGAAAUAUGACAUCAGCCCUAAAGUUAAGUCGUUUAUUGGCGGUGGUUGUGCGUCGAUGGUAGGUCAAACUGUGAUUGUACCGUUUGACGUUCUGAGCCAGCAUUUGAUGGUAUUAGGACUGGCUAAAGGCAGGCCCGGAGCUGCUAGGAAUCCGAAAUUAAAUCCUUUAGGUAUAGAUUUAGAUAAGCGUAUAUCUAAAUCGGCUUUAGCGCGCGAAGUGGCGCGGCGCGUGUAUCGUGCGCACGGCGCGCGCGGCUACUACCGCGGGUAUGCCGCCUCGCUCGCCGCGUACGUCCCCAACUCCGCGCUCUGGUGGGCGUUGUACACCGCGUACCAAGAUGAAUUGUUAAAAUUAAGUCCUGCUUGGAUAUCACAUUUGUUCAUACAAUGUGUUGCGGGAACUUUGGGAGGAUUUACUACGACAAUACUGACAAACCCACUAGAUAUAGUAAGAGCUAGGUUACAAGUGGAAGGUGUUGGUUCAAUGCGUGAAGUAUUCAAAGAGCUUUGGCGGGAAGAAGGUCUAAUAGGUCUGUACGCUAAAGGUCUGUCAGCGCGGCUGGCGCAGUCCGCCUGCUUCUCCUUCUCCAUCAUCCUGGGAUAUGAGACUAUCAAACGGUUCAGCGUCAACGAUGAGUUCAGGACGAGGGUUAGGUGGUGAUAAUAAAAUUGUAAAUUAA